ACAUGCCAUCGUCAAAGACCCCUUUAGCAUGCAGCUUCACUCCAAAAGACAUUAUCAAACAAAAACCAUCAAAUUCAAACUGAAACUACCAAACAAAACAAACCUCUCUCAUUCUGCAAUUUCCCAAGUAACUCAACACCAACACCAAACCUCAGAUAUCUCUCCUUGUUUCUCUUCAAAGAAAAAAUGUUUGUCAAGGUUCAACUCUUUUACAUUCACACGUCCAUAUUCGCAAAUGCAAACACCAACGUAGACAAAACCGAAAAACUUUCCAACAACACACCCAAAAAACAGAAACUCCCUCUCAAAAACGGAACAAACAUCGUUAAACGCGCUCAAAGAACUGUUUUUCGAAGAAAUCAACACACCCAGUUGAAGAAACAGUGUCCUGAGAAGAAUUCAGGUGAUGGGGUUGUUGAAAAAAGUAAAACUGGUUUGCACACCAAGUGUUCGACGAAAUGUGUCAGUUACGGCGGAAUCAUUCCUUCGAUUUUAAAAGACUUGGAUACAAUUCAGGAUGUUGAAGAAGCACUAAGACCAUGGGAGAAUAAGAUUAAUAACAAGGAAAGGAGUAUUAUUUUGAAGCAGCAGGUGAAGUGGGAUAGGGCUUUGGAAAUUUUUAAUUGGUUUAAUGACAACAAGCUUGAAUUGAAUGUAAUUCAUUAUAAUAUUAUGAUUAGGAUUCUUGGGAGAGCGCGUGAGUGGGCGCUUUUGGAGGGUUUGUGGAAUCAGAUGAAUGCUAGAGGGAUUGUUGCUACAAAUUCUACUUAUGGAACUUUGAUUGAUGUUUAUAGUAAAGGUGGACUAAGAGAAGACGCACUUUUUUGGCUUGAGACUAUGCUGGAACAUGGGAUCGAACCUGAUGAGGUGACUAUGGUGAUUGUGGUUCAAUUGUAUAAGAAAGCAGGAGAGUUUCAGAAAGCUGAGGAGUUUUUCAGAAAGUGGUCGUUAGGUGAACCUUUGAGGCCAAGCAAUAAGCAUAUGAUGGAUGCUCCGGAAUCGGUUGAGAGGGCGUUGUUUUCCAAUGCUUCAUUUGGGUCACAUACGUAUAACACUUUGAUUGAUACAUAUGGAAAGGCUGGUCAGCAUAAAGAAGCUUCUGAGACUUUUGCUAAGAUGCUUAAACAAGGCAUACCGCCUACCACGGUGACAUUCAAUACGAUGAUUCAUAUUUGUGGAAACCAUGGACGGUUAGAGGAAGUAAGUUCACUUCUGCGGAAAAUGGGAGAAUUGCGAUGCUCGCCUGACACAAGGACCUAUAAUACACUUAUCUCUCUGCAUACCAAGCAUAAUGAUAUCGAUAUGGCAACCAAAUAUUUUAAAAGAAUGAAGGAGUCCUACCUCGAGCCGGAUCCUGUGAGUUACCGUACCCUCUUGUAUGCAUACUCAAUAAGGAAAAUGGUUUGUGAAGCAGAAGAGCUUAUAACAGAGAUGGAUGAGAAGGGCCUUGAAAUUGAUCAGUUUACCCAGUCUGCUUUGACUCGGAUGUACAUCGAAGCUGGAAUGCCUGAGCGGUCCUUGUUAUGGUUUCAAAGGUUUCACCGGGCUGGCAAUAUGACAUCUGAGUGCUAUGCUGCCAACAUUGAUGCAUAUGGGGAGCGUGGACAUAUUUCGGAAGCUGAGAAAGUCUUCCUUUGGUGUCAAGAACGGAAAAAUCUCAGUGCCGUUGAGUUCAAUGUGAUGAUUAAAGCUUAUGGUGUAGGGAAAUACUAUGAUAAAGCGUGUCAAUUGUUUGAUAGUAUGGAUAAACAUGGUGUAGCUGCUGACAGAUGCAGUUAUAGUUCUCUCAUACAAGUUUUAGCCAGUGCUGACCAGCCGCACAUUGCCAAGCCUUAUUUGAAAAGAAUGCAGGUGGCAGGAUUAGUGACUAAUUGUAUCCCAUAUUGUGCCGUGAUUUCAUGUUUUGUAAAAUUAGGGCAAUUGGAAAUGGCAGAAGGUGUGUACAAGGAAAUGAUAGGGCAUGGUGUUAAGCCAGAUAUUAUAGUUUACGGGGUAUUGAUCAAUGCUCUUUAUGGUGCCGGAAGGGUUAAAGAAGCUAUAAGUUAUGCCAAUGAAAUUAAAAGAGCUGGUUUGCCGGGAAAUACAGUUAUAUAUAAUUCUUUGAUUAAGUUGUACACAAAAGUUGGCAACCUAAGAGAAGCACAAGAAACAUACAGGUUGCUUCAAUCAUCAGAAGAGGGUCCUGCAGUAUAUUCUUCAAAUUGUAUGAUUGGUCUUUAUACUAAGCAGUCUAUGGUUGAGCAAGCAAAAGAGAUAUUUGAGACCUUAAAGAAAAAUGGAACUGCAAAUGAGUUCUCCUUUGCAAUGAUGUUAUGUUUGUACAAGAAUAUUGAAAGGUUUGAUGUAGCCAUUCAAAUUGCAAACCAGAUGAGAAAAUUAGAACUGUUGACAGAUUCAUUAAGUUAUAAUAUUGUCCUUGACUUGUAUGCUACUGCUGGGAGGCCCAAGGAAGCAAUAGAGAUUUUCAAGGACAUGGUAACAGCUUCCAUUCAACUUGAUGAUUGUAGUUUAAGGUCACUUAGAACUCUUUUGCUUAGAUAUGGAGCAUCUAGGCAAGGUGUUGACAACUUACAAGUAAUGAUGAAAAAGGAUGCUUCCCAUGGUUUGCAAGCAUGGAUGUCAGCACUCACAAGUGUACUUGAAAUAGAUGAUUAUGAUACCGACGAAUAGAUAUAUCCUCUAUCACUAGUUUUCAAACGCUUUGCUUUGAAAAGCUUGCAAAGUUCAGUUGAUAGAUAUGAGAAUACUGUUAGUGUCACAACAUGCUAGCUGCAUUCAGUCGUUCCCCAAUCCGGAUUUCAAAGUGCAUUCUAUAAUGCAAGCUUGACAUAAUUCUGUGAUUGGUAUGCUUCAUGUUGAUUCAGUCUUAUGGCUUAAUAGGGUCAAUAAGAACUCGGGUUGAAGCUGUUGUAUGUAAGAAUAGACAACUUCUUAAGGUGAACUAUGUAAAUCUUGUAAUACUGUGAACUAGAGUAUGAAGUUCACCUUGUACUUUUGGCCAAAGGCAAAUCAAGGAAUUCUGAAACCUUGACUCCCAACAAAAUGACACUGAGAAGGAAUCCGAUGCAGGCAAUUUGAUGAACCAUGUAAUUAAGUGUAAAUUUAAAAACAAAAUGUAUACUUCAUCAUGGACCAUUGUUGUAUGAGUUGUUGUAUAUGUAAAAUUAAAAACUUCCAUUUUGAGCUAGGAAAAAUCUUUGUUGUCUCUA